AACAUGUGAACAAAAUUAUUGGGCGUCUGCCUGGAAACACAAAUUCAUAAGCACUCAAAAAUUAAGUCUAACACAAUUAUAAAAAAGUACCUCAUAAUGUCUAACCAACCUAAUUCAUCAAGAGACAUCUGCAACUGCAGGUUUUACAAUCAAAGCGGUGUUGAAGUGCAGACACAUAUCUUCGCAGAAGACCUGCUGCCCGGCUGUCCUAUAAUAGAAGAUCUUCCAUAUAGACAUCGAAUAUUGCUAUACCCGAAAUACGACAACGAAAUCAAUUUGGAGGAGCGUAAAUCUGAAAAAAGUAUACAAUAUAAUGAAGUAGACGAGCAGAGAAGAAAAGAUGGCAGAACAUUCAUGUAUAUUGGACCGAAUGGCACCAUCAUAUCGAAGUUAGAAUUCUACACUAUUCAAUGGGAUUCGUUGGAGGCCUGCACACAAUCACUCUUGACGAUAUUAUUCGAUUAUGAUACGCUGGCAACACAUUCGGUGCCCGGCAAACUAUCAUCGAGACAUCAACAACCAAACGGUAUACCCAGGCUACCACUGGAUCCAUUGAAAGUCAAAGAUGUUCUAUAUUUUGUGAAGAAACGCUUUCAAUGCAAGGAAAGAGAAGUUCGUAACGCGAUCAUUAAAAAAUGCAUGAAUGUGACGGAGGCGGGGUACCGCUCUAAAUGGUUGGGACUAUACCCGUCAAUUUAAUAGAAUUUUACUCAACGUAACGUCAUUUAUAAAAGAAUCCCUGUGUGGCACCUGUGCAAGCAAAGAACCCAGUUUUCGCUGUUGGUUUUGUUAGCAAAGCUUCUUCUGACGAGUUCAUUUACCAAAGU